AUGAAGGCUUUUCUUCUUAUAACAAUAAGCUAUGUAGUAUAAUGUUGGUGGGAUGUUGGUCAUAUGAUGACUGCAUAAAUAGCAAAGAAUUACUUAAAAGACAAUCGUCCAGAUGUGUUAGCUUGGGCUGAUUCAUUAGUCUAAGAUUUGAACCCACUCACUGAUGGAAAAUCUAACACAUUUGCAGAGGCUGCAGUUUGGAUGGAUGACAUAAAGGAAACAGGAACAUCCUUUAUGAAUGAUUGGCAUUAUACUGAUAGACCAAUAAACCCAGAUGGUUUAUUAAUAAAGUUAGAGGAUCAAAACAGAAAUAUUAAUUCUAUUUAUGCAAUUAACUAAGCUGUUUCAGUGUUGACUAACACUAAAACAGCUAAGAAUAGACAUACAAUGUUCAAAGCUUAGAUGUUAAGAGUACUUCUACAUGUCAUUGGAGACUUGCAUCAACCCUUACAUGAUACUACAUUUUGGAAUUCAAGUUAUCCAAAUGGAGAUUAAGGUGGAAAUUUCAUGAAAGUGCAGGUAAAAUUGAAAAAGAUAUUUUUAGUUGGAGAAUGGAACUUUAGUAAAUUUACAUUCUUUUUGGGAUGCAGGUGCAUUUGCUUUUAGUCCCAAUAACUCUUUUUUAGUAAGACCAUUGAGUUAAAAUGAUUUAGAAUAUUUAAAUAAUUGGUCUUUGGAUGUAAUUAAUAAGUACUAAUUUACGAAAUACAAUAAUAUGGAUAUGACGUAUUAAUAUAAAUUAAUAUUUAAAUAGUAAUCCAACUGUUUGGACUUAUGUCGGAUAUAGAUAAGCAGUUUAAUUUGUAUAUCCAAUGAUUGCUUAAUCAAAUAGCUAUAACAAAGACUAUGUCUAAUAAGCAUAAUAAUUUUGUGAAGAGAAUUUAGCUAUAGGAGGAUAUCGUUUGGCAUAAAAGUUAAUAGAUAUAUUUGAUUAAAUUCUCCUAAAUGAAGCCAGAUUAAAAUUGGAAGAUUGA